CUGGCCCGCAGCAACAGGUGGUCCCCGCAGCACUGAAGUCACUGUCCAGGACCUGCGGAGGGUAUUCUUCGUCCUAUCAGCUGAAUGGACUGACACGGUUAAUGUGGCUGAUAUUUAACUGAAGGAAAUGACAUUUUAGAAAUCUUCACUUUGUUGGCUGAUAAACAGGCCGGAGGAGCUGGACGUUGUUCACUGGAUAAAAACACUUAAGCAUCAGGAAGUCAAGAUUUUAUAUCCACUUCAUAACACAGCAGUCCGCUCCAUAUGUUCACUGCCUGGUUCAUCAGCAUAUCCAAAUGCAUCAGCACACUCACCCGCAUGCCUUCCCUCCCACCCUGCACCAAUCCUUGACCAUCCUACCUGCUCCAAUGGCAUCUCAGGACAAUAAGUUCAGCACCCACCUUCCCAGAGGAACAACAAGACCCUCUUUUGCUCCUGUCACUGCCUUUCACAGAGCAACACAGAAGUCCUUCGGGUCAACAAAACGAGGGAAAUGGGGUGCAAUGCAUGUCUGCAUUGCAUGGAAGAUUUAUUACCACGAACAACUCAAGAGAACACAGCAAAAGCCCAACAGUGUCUGUCGAGAUCUGACACCCGAGUAUCCUGCCACCAGUCUACAUAACUCAGUGCAACUCAAGGAAUCAGACCAGUCCUCCUGCAUUCACCCAAAUCUGGACUCUCCACGUGGACACUCGGGAAAAACAGCCAAAAAUGAAAGAGACAUGAACACAAGUUAUCCCUCUGACCUUAACCCACGUUCACCUUGCCACAUCCCUACGACCAAGAGGGAGAAGCUGGAACAGGCCCAGAACCUGCACCCUGAGAAGGAGAAACACGGGUGCCAACAAACUGACACAGCGAAAGACACAUCUUGGGAUCUAACAAUGACUCCUGAACUUCACGGGAGACAGAGCGGCUCGCGUGGCAGAAAAAGGCAGUUUGAGUGCGACGGCUUCAUCCAAGUGAAGAGGGUGAAGAAGGAAGUUACAGAUGACCAGUUUGAUUCUUCAAAGACUUUGCACACUGAUCCAACUUAUACACAUCCAUCGUCACACACAGUACCAGUGCAACACAUAAGUGAUCUGCAUCCUAACAGCAGAUUUAAUGUCACCAGAAUUCCUGGGGGACUCAUCUCUUAUCCAGCAGCUGAAGUGCAUCCCUACCAAGCUGCUUCAUGGGAUGCAAUGUGGGACGUUCACCAGAGAAUGGAUCUCCACUCUGGACAAAAUGUCCUAAAAGACUAUUCACAGAAUACCUGCAAGGCGAUCAGGAUACCUCUUGUAGCGCAGAGCCAAAUAGAGGCUUUUCAUGGUUUCUUUGCGCCACCUCUUUAUUUACCUCUUGCUUUGAGGCAGCAGGACACCGUUUACCUCAGAGGGAGGGAGUUUCUACAGCCGCGCUACGACAACUGUCAUCUCCACCGCUGCAGACAUCAGCUCUCUCAUCCCGGAUUUCUGGCAACACCCUAUCUGGGGCCCUGAGCAAGAAAAUGAAAGCAGCUGUACCCAAAACGACAAUCACUCAUUUACAGUACGUCUGUUAGGUUCAGUGGUCAUUCUGGUCUGUGUAUGAAGUCAACAGAGCUCCACAAUGUCCAACAUAUGGAAAAAAAACAUCGAAAAAGGGAAGCUUUUGAUUAAAGUCUCAAAUAUUAAUAACAGAAGAUACUCUUUGCCCUGGAACAGCUUUAAUAAGGAAAUUAACAUUAUUAAUAAAAGGACAUAUUUGACAUCAGUGUCUUAGAGGAACUUUGCAACUGUGCAGUCAUGCUUACACUGUAUUGAUUCCCUCAUUGAUUAAAUAUGUUAAGAUGCAUGUGCUUGCUCAUAUUAAUGUUAAGUUCACAAUAAACUAUUUGGAACAUGAA